AAGAUGGAUGCUUUGAAGGAACUAAAUGCUAGUAAGGAAUCAGGGAACACUGAUAUGCUUUUUGCCUUGCUUGCACAGAAUGCUGAUCUUCGAAAAGAGAUCCCCCUGUGUGCUGGCUGCAAUCAGCAUAUUGUAGACCGAUUCAUCCUGAAGGUUUUGGACAGACACUGGCACAGCAAAUGUUUAAAAUGCCAUGACUGUCAAGUGCAGCUGGCAGAGAAAUGCUUCAGCAGAGGGGACAGCGUGUACUGUAAGGACGACUUCUUCAAGAGGUUUGGAACCAAAUGUGCGGCCUGCCAACAGGGCAUCCCCCCGACCCAGGUGGUGAGAAGGGCCCAGGAGUUUGUCUACCACCUCCACUGCUUCUCGUGCAUCGUGUGUAAGAGGCAGCUGGCCACCGGGGACGAGUUCUACCUGAUGGAGGACAGCCGGCUGGUGUGCAAGGCGGACUACGAGACGGCCAAGCAGAGAGAAGCAGAAUCCACCGCGAAACGGCCAAGAACCACAAUAACCGCAAAACAGCUGGAGACGUUAAAAAACGCAUAUAAUAAUUCUCCCAAACCCGCCAGACACGUCAGGGAACAACUGUCGUCGGAGACCGGGCUGGACAUGAGAGUCGUGCAGGUUUGGUUCCAGAACAGAAGAGCAAAAGAAAAACGACUGAAGAAGGAUGCCGGGAGACAAAGAUGGGGCCAGUAUUUCCGGAACAUGAAAAGAUCGAGAGGGAGUUCCAAAUCCGAUAAAGACAGUAUCCAGGAGGAGGGACCUGACAGUGACGCGGAGGUCUCCUUUACGGAUGAACCAUCUAUGUCUGAGCUAAGCCACUCCAACGGGAUUUACAAUAGCCUGAACGAGACGUCUCCUGCUUUGGGCAGACAAGCUGGGAGCAAUGGUGCCUUUGCGCUGGAACACGGUGGGAUCCCAACACAAGACCAGUAUCACGACCUGAGAUCCAACAGCCCUUACGGGAUCCCUCAGUCGCCCGCGUCGUUGCAGGCAAUGUCCGGCCACCAGCCUUUGAUCUCAAGCCUCGCCUUUUCAGAUGCCGGAUUGGGUAUAAUGGGCCAGGGUGGCCAAGGGGUGCCACCGUCGAUGAGAGUCUUAGGAGCAAACGGACCAAAUUCUGAUCUUUCAACCGGUAGCAGUGGUGGAUAUCCAGAUUUCCCGGCCAGCCCGGCAUCUUGGCUCGACGAGGUUGACCAUGCCCAGUUUUGAUAUGAGACUCAUCCCACCUUGCAUGGUGUAAUUUUUUGAAUUAAAGACACGAGGGAAACCUUUUAUCGCGAGAUGGCCUAAAAGAAGCAUAAAACAAUCUGAACUAAUUAUUGGGGGGGAAAAAGUGCUAUAAAAGGGCACGGACGAUACCCUGACCUCCGAAGAACAUCUUCAUUCGCAGGCAAGGCUUUGCUCUACACGGUACAGCCAACGCAAGCCUGCUUUGAAAUUUCAUAGCUUAUACUUCUAAAAUAUUAAAAAAAAUUUAAAAAAAAUAAAAAGUGGAAGAAAAGGGACUUCUACGUAAAUAGCUAAAUAUCCAUUUUUUAUUCCUUGUGUUGUAUGUUACCAACCAGUUUCACUUCUCUAUCUCCAAGCGCCCACCAGAUUUAUCUCAAACCAGAUGAAAAAAAAAGAGGACGACACGGCAACUCACCCCCCCCUCCCAAAAAAAUGAUUUUUUUUGGCCACAAAAGGAAUUUGUUGAGAACUUUAGAAGAUUUCAUUUGUACGCGAUGGAUGUGAUUCCUUUUUUGUUUUUGAUGUUUCUCUUGGUGUGUUCCAUUUUUGCACUGCCUUUAUAAUUGGACAACCAAACAUUCACGGAUGGAUCAACGAUUAAAUAAUAAAAAA